GCCGAGGCUGUUUUCCUUGGCGCGGGGGGACCGGGGGGGAGGACUGGGAUCCCACGGGCUCCUCGGACUGAGAAAACAGAGGCCCCUGCCCUCUGUUUUCUCACCACGGGGUCCCAGCCACCCCCGCAUCCGCGGCACCGCAGGGUUGCUGACGCAGGGCUGGGGACAGCUGUGACCCUGGUGGAUGGUGGUGUGUGUUUUUGGGUGCUGGGCGCUUGGUGAAGGUGUGCGUUAGGACACUGAGAGGUGUCAUCCUUCCUAGGUGUGAUGGAAAAGCUCAAAUUGUGGUUUCAGGCAGUCUGCGUGUUUAAUCCCUGUCCCUUCCAGGUGGCACCAGCUCUGCCACGUGCUUGGCACUUUGUUCUGUGCCCCACACUGUGCCUCAAUUUCCCCAUAGCCCUUCAGGGGAGGACACGCCAACUGUGCCACCCUCUGCUCAUGGUGCCACCACUGUCCCCAUCACGUCUCCAACCUCAGCUUGUCCACCACUGGAAAAGUGUCAUGCUCAUCCCAGUAACGAGGCGAGCACCGCUGCUUUGGAGAGAGUAUGCGUGGCACAGGAGCUUGGCCAGCUCAGAGAGGACCAUGGCUGCCAGCAUGACGGGGUUGCCCAUGGCCAUGGUGUUGGGACAUUCAGAGGACAUUCAGUCCGGGGAUCCUCUCCCUGUCUUGCAUGGCCAUGGGGCCACAAUGAUGACAGUGGGGUCACGGCCAGGCCUGGGCUGCAGGAGGUGUGCCUUGGCUGACAUGCUGCUGGCCACUAGCAUGGUGUUCUGUCCCCUCCGCCCUUCGGCUGAGUGCCCAUGCUGGGCUCUGUGUGCUGCUGGAUGUCCCCUCUGUCCCCAUUGCAUCCCCAGCCCCAACACGUCCACCACUGGACUAUGUGGGAUGGCUACCUCGUGGUGCUCUCCUAUCUCCUGAGGGUCUCCAUAUGGUGCCCAUAGAGGGCCUCACCCCAGCAGGAUGAGAGGUGCUCGCUGUGCUCGCUGUGCCCAUCCCGAUGCAGCCCACAGUGCUGGGUGAGGCCGUGCUGUGUUGGAAGGUGGGAGCGCAGCACGUAGCUAAGAGCAGGGCUGGGUGCUAAAUUUAGGAAGCCAGGUCAGGAGAAAAACACAGGUCUGUAUUGUGCUGGGCUGGGGGAGGGUGACCGGUGGUGGCGUGGGGCUGGCACAGGGACCCCAGGCUGUGCCAGCAGCCAUGCCAUCAUUGUGCUGCUGUGCCUCAGAGGUGCUGCUGCCGUCACACUGAGCUGGGAACAUGAGAGCACCGUGCUGACACCCGAGCAGCACUGGAACCCAUGGGCACGGGGGGGGUGUGCAGCUCCCAUCCCGGUGCUGGGUUGCCAGCACUGUGGGGCAGCAGCUGCUGCUGCUUGGCGCUAAAUCCGGAUUACACCACUGCUGUGUCCCCCACCCUGGUGCAGUGGAUUAGCGGGUUGGGGUCUGGGCACUGCAGAGCUUUGGGGCUCAGGGUGUCCCCGAGCUUUGGCUCUGGUGCAUGGAGUGGCACUGAGACAGGGGCAGACGUGGCGUCACUGAGCUCGGUGUGGUGACAGGUGAUGGCUGAGCCCACGGGACCUGAUGGCAGAGCGGGAGGCAUCCCUGUGGGCACCGCUUCCCUGCAGCCCUCUGUCCCCGGGCGGUGUUGGUGCCCACACGGUGCCCACCGCCCCGCUAUGGGCAGCCCUGUGAGGCCCCAGGCUGAGGGCCGCUGCCACACCAUUUAUUUGCUGUUCUACAGAACCUUAUCACAAAGCAAACAGCGUCUGUGAGGGGCACGACCGACGCGUCACCGGUCCCUCGCCCCUUCCCCAGUGCCACCAGCGGAGACCAAAGGCCGGCAGGCGCAGAGGUGGCAGUGAGUGCCGCGGGGCCGUGCCAGCGCUGCCGGCGGGAGGAAGCCAGGGGCGACGCUCACAGCAUGACAAAUGGGGCCGGGUGUGCUGGGGGAGGCUGGCAGCACCCGGACGUAGCCAUAACCAGGAGGAGGAGGAGGGGGCUGCAGUGGGAGGCAUGGGCACCUCGCAGCUUGGCACUGGCACUGUGGAUGGAUACGGGGGGCCGGGCGAGGGACGUGCCGGCGGCGGUGGGAAGGCGCGGAGCUAACGGCAGCGCUGGGACGUGCUGGCAGCCCCGUCCGUGCCUGGAUGCAGCCCAAGCUGAGGCCCAGUGGAGGGGAUAAAUCAUCACCCAGCAGCCGCCUGCGGUUCCAUCUCUUCCACCACGCGGCUCGGCCUUGCUGUCCUAGGGCCCUGCUGUGCCUCAGUUUCCCCACCUGGAUAAGUGCCAUACAGAGGGGUGGCUCGGUGCCACACUCCCACUUGUGGCUCAGCCCCCCAAUGCUACUGGAUGCUGCUGGGCUGUGUGUGGCCUGGAGUGACCCCAGGGCUCCUUGGUUCCCAGGUGGUGGGGACAGAGCAGUGAUGUGACCCACAGGGUUAGGGGUGCUGCAGCCCUUCCCUGGUGUACCUGGGGGCCGCUGUCCCUGUGCCCCCCCACAACCUGGGGUCCCAGUACUGGGCGCACACAGAGCCAGGCGGUACCCAGGACCGCUGCUCAACCCCAAGUGCUGGGCCAGGAGCUAAAGGAUGGGUGCAGCCCCCAAUCCUCAUGGGGAACCCACAGCAGUGAGGUGAUGGGGAAGCUGCAUCCUCCUGGGGCUGGGGAUCAUCCUGCAUCCCACCCUGAAGCUGGGUGACUGUCUGUCCCCAUGGAUGGGGAUCUGGCAUGUGAACCCCUGGGUGGGGAGGACUCCCAUCACAGAGUGGCAGGGACGCAGAAGGUGGCAGGGGACAGCGGGGGGCAGUGGGGCCAUGGCCCGACUGCCAGCCUGCCCCAGAAAGCAGCCCUGUGCUGUUUCCCAGCGGGGCGGGGAGGGCUGGGCGCGCACAGAGGCGGCUUUGUGCCGCUUGCCAAGGCGUCCCCGCUCGGCAGCCUGGCCGCCAUCCCCUGCCAAGGACUCGUCUCACAGCCUUGCACUUUCCUGCUCCAUCGGUGCCAGCCCUGACGUGCCCCUGAGCCCCUGCCUCAGUGCCCGGCAGCACCAGGGCUUCACACGGGGGUCCCUGAGCUCCCUGCCCCAUCCCACACACCGGUGCUGGAAGGGGAGGUGCUGCAGGAGGCUGAAAGCUCACAGGGGACGCACGGGGGUCCCAUCCCCACUGCUCCCAGUGCCGCCCCACUGACGAGGAUCCCUCUGCCAGGCCCUGCAGCUCCCACCUGGUGCCAGACCCCACGCCUCGCCACGCCACGAGGAGCCCCUGAGCCUGCCAUGGAGGGCCCGGAGCUGCCCGUCCAGGCUGAGAUGGUGGAGCUGGUGCCCAACGGGAAGCAUGCGGCUGCACUUGGCACCACCACCAUCCCCUCGCUGCCUGGUGACAGGUUUGAUGAGAACCAGUGUGGUGCAGAGAUGGAAGAGUUCCUGCCCCAUGGCACUGAGAAGAAGCAGACGCACUUCACUGAUUUUGAAGGCAAGACGUCGUUUGGGAUGUCUGUCUUCAACCUGAGCAAUGCCAUCAUGGGCAGCGGCAUCCUGGGGCUGGCCUACGCCAUGGCCAACACUGGCAUCAUCCUCUUCCUCUUCCUGCUGACGGCCGUGGCACUGCUAUCCAGCUACUCCAUCCACCUGCUGUUGAAAUCCUCAGGCAUCGUGGGCAUCCGUGCCUAUGAGCAGUUGGGUUUCCGAGCCUUCGGCACACCAGGCAAGCUGGCUGCAGCCAUCGCCAUCACACUGCAGAACAUCGGAGCCAUGUCCAGCUACCUGUACAUCGUCAAGUCUGAGGUGCCACUGGUCAUCCAGACCUUCCUCAACCUGGAGGAGAAGACCACGGAUUGGUACCUGAAUGGGAACUACCUGGUGAUCCUGGUCUCUGUCACCAUCAUCCUGCCUCUGGCCCUGAUGAAGCAGCUGGGCUACCUGGGCUACGCCAGUGGCUUCUCACUCAGCUGCAUGGUCUUCUUCCUCAUCUCGGUCAUCUACAAGAAGUUCCAAAUCCCCUGCCCGCUGCCCGAGCAAGGGGGGAACAUCACCAUUGGCACUAAUGUCACUCUGGGCAGCGAGCACUGGGAUGGCCCUGCAGCCCCACUGCCCACUGAGGUGGGGGCCUGCACCCCCAGCUUCUUCACCCUCAACUCCCAGACAGCAUACACCAUCCCCAUCAUGGCCUUCGCCUUCGUGUGUCACCCUGAGGUGCUGCCCAUCUACACGGAGCUGAAGGACCCCUCCAAGAAGAAGAUGCAGUGCAUCUCCAACAUCUCCAUCACCGUCAUGUACCUCAUGUACUUCCUGGCUGCCCUCUUUGGCUACCUCACGUUCUACGGGCGCGUGGAGUCAGAGUUGCUGCACACCUACAGCCGGGUGGACCCGUUUGACGUGCUGAUCCUCUGUGUGCGGGUGGCUGUGCUGACAGCUGUGACACUCACUGUCCCCAUCGUCCUCUUCCCGGUGCGCCGUGCUAUCCAGCAGAUGCUGUUCCAAGGCAAGAACUUCAGCUGGAUCCGCCACGUCGCCAUCGCCGUGAUCCUGCUGACCUUCAUCAACCUCCUGGUCAUUUUUGCCCCCUCCAUCCUCGGCAUCUUUGGGUUGAUUGGUGCCACCUCUGCCCCCUGUCUCAUCUUCAUCUUCCCGGCCAUCUUCUACAUCCGCAUCAUGCCCAAGGACAAGGAGCCCCUGCGCUCCACUCCCAAAAUCCUGGCUGCCUGCUUCGCCCUCCUCGGGGUGCUCUUCAUGAUCAUGAGCCUCAGCUUCAUCAUCACCGAUUGGGCCACAGGAGGGGGCCGGAGUGGCGGCAGCCACUAGCCAUCCUGGUUGCCCACCCUGAUCCCCCCCCCCAUCCCCACCAGGACCCCCCGGGGCUCCCACCUUCGCCACCUGCCCUUUGCCUGAGGGGGCACAUGGGGGACCCCAGCCCGUGCCCACCCCUCCUGGCUCUACGCUCGUGUUUCCCCAUCUGUGCAAUGGGGAGACCAGCGCUUCCCUACCUCACCGGGGGCCAAAGGGGACGGGGCCAACCUGGCCCACGGGCACCCGUUUGUCCUCAGCCGGCCCCGAGUCCUGACGGCAGCGUCUGCGGGGCUGGUGGCCAGCACCUCAGCAGUGCCCGUGCCACCCCCGUGUCCUCCGCUGUCCCCACCCCCUGACUGCCAGCUCCUCGCUGCCCCAUCCCGCUGGCACGUGGUGCCCGGAGGAAGGCUGGUCCCGGUGCCAGCGGGUGGGAACCUGGCGAUCCAGGGGCCAGCUCGGGGAAGGUGACACGUGCCAGGGCUGGGUGCCGCCGGCACUGGAGUGGGUGCACCCCAGAGGUGCUGGUGUGGGGCACGGAGGUGCUUGGGGCGGCACCGCUUGGGCUGUGGGAUGGAGGGGGUGUGGGAUGCGCGCACUUCCCGACACCAGGGUGAUGGGCACAACCCGGCCCCGCUGUCUUGCCACCACCCACCUGUCUGUCCGUCUGUCCGUCCAUGCCAUGGGCGUCCCAGCCAUGCCAAGAGCCUGGCCACGGGGACGCGAGCAGGCGGUGAGAGGGGCCGGGAGCUCGCCAAGUAAAUAAGAGACGUAUUUUUAUAUGGGGGUGGUGGAGGCUAGGACGCUUUUUAUAAAUACUGUAUAUAAGAGUAGUUCUUUUUUAAUGUGUUGCGCGGCUCCCGGGAGCUCUGCACCGUGUGCGGGAUCGGGGAGGCUCUCGCCGUGUCACCCCGGUGUCCCCGCACCGAGCUGUCCCACGGCCCCCCCGCCGUGCUGUUAAGUUAUAUGUGGGGAUGAGCGCCGUGCAGGAGAAGCGCGACCGAGCAGAUCCGUCAAAGUAACAAUAAAGGAUAAAAAUGUGAGACGUGCCCGGUGUGGGGCGGGGCUGGGAGGGGAUCGCGGGGACAA